AUGUCAGAACAUUUGGAUGUAGCGUAGAUCGCAAUAGUGAUAUUUUUUAUCUUUGUUGCUCUGACAAUUGGAGGAUUAGUUAGUGAAAUCACGAAGAAAAUAAUGAUUCCCUAUCCUGCUGCAGUUUUCCUGGUAGGAAUAUUAAUAGGGUCUUAAUUCAAUAAUAUUCAUAAUCAUUUAUUGCAUAGGACUGUGUAAGCGGCUUUUAACAUUGAUGCUAAUUCUAAUAUGACAUUAUUUUUGCCAGCCCUAGUUUUUAGUAGUGCUUUCAAUGCAGAUAUUUAUAUAAUGAAGCAACAAAUAAUGCAAAUAUUUGUGCUUUCGAUUCCAAGUCUACUUAUAUCUGCCUCAUUAAUUUGCCUAGGGUUAAAAUUGCUAUUAGAAUACGAUGAUGAAUAUUAUAGUUGGGGAUUUGCAUUUGUAUUUGGAGUUGUCGUAACAUGUACUGACACACUCCAAGUAGUAAAGCUAUUAAAUAAUGCCGAAGCUCCAAAGAGGUUCAUCUCAUUAGUUUAGGGAGAGAGCUUGGUAAAUAAUUGUGCAUCCAUGGUCUUAAUGCUUAUUGCGGUGAAUUGUGCAAGAGGUGACUGUGAUCUUCUUACAGUCGAAUUAUCUUAUGGAUUAUCAUUGCUCUUGGGAGGUGCAUUUGUUGGAAUAAUGUUUGGGCUCUUCACUGUUUGGUGGAUAAGAAGGAUAAAUCAUAAUUCAAUAUUGACAAUCAACCUUACUAUUGUAUCAGCCUAUGUAACAUAUUUCGUGGCUGAAUCUGUAGAUUUAGGAUUUAGAAAAAAUGGUUUAAUUGCAGUAAUAACUUUGGGAUUGUUCAUGUCUGCAUUUUCAAAGAUCAGAAUUAGAACUGAAGUGGAACACCCAUUGUAAAUCUUUUGGCAAUACACUCAAUUUGCUAAUGAAACCAUCAUUUUCAUCAUAACAGGUGUCACAUGUGGAUACAAAAUAUUCGAUUAACAAAGUCCAUAUAUAAGGAAGCAAGAUUACAUAAAUACUAUAUUACUUUACUUUUACAUUCUUUUAUCCAAAUUCAUUAGUGUAUUGUUACUUUUACCAACUAUCAAUUUGUAUGGAUAAUAAGUCAAAAUGAGUGAGGCCAUCUUGUUUUCCUAUAGUGGCACAAGAGGCGCAGUGCAAUUGAUGUUAGCUUUACUUGUAGUUAAGGAACCAUCCUUUAGUGAUUAAUGGAGUGACAUUUUUCUAUUUCAUACUACCUUUAUUGUCAUUUUAACUAUGUUGAUAAAUGGAUCUACAAUACCCCUGUAUGUUAAGUUUAGUGGGUUGUGUGCCACUGCUUAAUACAGAGCCAAAGUGAGAUUGAACUUUUUACAGGAAAUGAAGGAAUAGAUUGAAUUCAAAUUAAAUCAGAUGAAAGAGGAUUAUAAAUAAAAAACAAUUGAUUGGAAUAAGGUGGAAUACUUUUCAGGAUUGGCUGAAACCAAUACUUAAAUUCAAUAAAAAGAUGAUAAACUUAGUAAGAAAUAGUUGGAUGAAGAAAACAAGCAUAAAAAAGAGAAAGAAUCUAGUAUCAUUGGACGCUUCUAAAAACUACUAAAGAGCAAAGGAUUAUAGGAUGACUUCAAUGAUGAUGAUAUUGAUGCGGAUGAUAUUAUUGAAACCAGAGACAGAUUUUUAAUGGCCUUGAAACAGACUUAUUGGGAUUUGUAUUCAUAAAAUUAAUGUGGCGGUAAGGCUUACAAUUUAUUAAUUGAAUCUGUAAGAUGGGACUUGGAUACUGUUGAAGGAAGAAUGUGUUCUUGGGAUUUCAUUUACAGUGUCUUUUAUUCACCAAUCUAUAUGAGAUUCUUGUAUAGUUUGAACAAAUUCCCUAUCAUUCGCGGAUUCUCAGGUGAUCUAUUAUUUGAUUGGGUUGCAAUUGGAUAUGAGGUCAUCUCUACAUAUGUCAGAGCACAUGAAGAAAUGGAAAAUAUGAUAGAAGAAUUUCCAAUUAAUGUGACUUUGAAAAAGAAACUGUCUAAGGAAUCCAAAGAAAAUAGAACAAAUGCCGAAAAUUUCAUAGAGGGAUAUUUCUAUGUUAGUUUUCCUGAGAUCAUCAAGUUAAUUUAAACCAAAAAAUCAGCUUAAGGUUGUCUAGCAAGCUAAGGCAAGUAUUUAUUAAGAAAAUAUGAAUUGGGAGAAUUAGAUUUUCAAUAAUAUUAGAAGUUAAAAUUACAAUUAAAUAACUUUGUUUGUAAUGUUGAGGACAUUAGACCUAUUUGGCCAUAAAUAUCUAUACAUACUAAAUUAAAAGUGCUUCCAUUAUUUAGUGAAUUUAAUGAUGAUUUGCUUAAACAAUUAGCAUUAUAAUCUAAAGAACUCUUGUUUGAUAAGGAUGAAUGCAUUUAUAGAGAGGGAGAUUUAGCUAGAUAUUUCUACAUCAUUACAAGAGGAAGAGUAAAUGAAACAAGUUCAGCUUAUAUAAAUUAUUCAAUUUCUAAAGAUAUUGGUUAAUUUCUAUCAUGCCAUCAUAUAGUGUUGGAAUCAACCUUAUACAUUUCGUAAGUAGUUGCAGCAUCAUUGGUGGAAGUAAUUCAAAUAGAAAUUGAAUUGAUGGUUUCUCUUUAUAAGCAGAGUCUGUACAUGCAAGAUUAUGUUUGGAGAGAUAGUAUUUUUAGUUUAAGCAGGUUCUAUCCAAAAGAGUUACAAAUAUUCUCCCUUGUUGAUAGGGAGAUCAUUGAAAAUAUCCUUACUUUUGUUGUUUUUAAGAAAUAUUAAGCAUAUACUAGUGUAUCUUUUUAAGCAGGUAUUCUUUUGUAAGGAAGACUGACAGAAUAGAAAUAGGAAAAGAGAAUUAGACUAGAAGAAGAUUAAUUUGAAAUGAAUUGCAAUGAUGGUUUGUAAGGACCUUUGCUAUUCCCAUUCCUUAAUUAAACAUAUACCUAUUAAACAGAAACUGCUUGUUCAUUUUUUUUGUUUGAUGAAACUAAGAAAGAGGAAAUUAUGAAACUCAUUUAAACUGAGAGAUCCCAAGAAAGAAGACGAACCCGGCUUUAGACUGAUUUACGUGUGAGUGUUUCGGGAGUGAAUAGAUAAUCAUUUGGAUUUUCAUAUCUUUUGAGGCCUUCCAAAGUGAAUUUGGAUGUUAAUGAAUCAAAACAUUGA